AGAGAGAGAGAAACAACACCACCACCACCAUCACCAACGACACCGAGACGGAAGGAAGAAGGAGAAGAAGGCGAGAGAGAGAGUAGUUCACUUCCCUCCUCUCCUCUCCCUCUCUUCCCACUCUCACGUCUCCUCUCUUCCCCUCCGCGAAGCAACGGGGGGCGAGGCGACGGCAGCGGAGGAGGAGGAGGAGGCGGCGGCGGCAGCCGAAACCCCAAGAAAACGCCGCCCCUUUUUCUUUCUUUCUUGCCUUGCACAGCCUCCUCCUCGAUCCGUCGCGCGUUCGUCGGGCGAGAUCCCUCCUCCUCCUCCUCCUCCUCCUCCUCCUCCGGUUUCCCCCGCGUGCGAGAUUGAGCCUGGAAGCCCAUUCAGCGGCGGGGUUGGGGCGGCAGGCGGCUGUGAGGUUCUUGAUUUGAUCUGUGGUUGUUGUUGAGGUUGUGGUUGGGCGCCAUGGCGGCGGCGGGAGGGCUGGAGCAGUGGCAGAAGGACGGGUUCUUCCAGGCCGCCGAGGAGGUGCAGGAGUCGGCGGACUUGAUGGAAUCUAUUUAUAGAACUUGGAUGCGGGAACGCGAUAGCGGAGCUAAUUUAGAGGAGCUGAGCGAUUUGCAAAGGGAGCUGAAGACAGCAUUAGGAACUGCAAAGUGGCAGUUGGAGCAGUUUGAGAGAGCUAUAAGCAUGAGCAAUGAUAAGUAUUCUUUGGAAGAGGGUACAUUGGCCAGGCGUCGGCAGUUCGUUGUAGCAAUGGAGGACCAGAUUUCUCAAGUAGAGAAACAAAUAAAUGAUUACUCGAUUGACAAUGAUAGGCGAGGGCUCAACUGGGUAAAGUUAGAUGAUGAGGAACGAGAUGAUCUUGUGGCUUUCCUUUCAGCACCUGCACAGUUAUCUCAAGAUACAAAGAAAAGAGACAACACUUACCAUAGUCCAUCAAAACAAAAGAAUGCGUUGAUUGGCGCGAAUGAUCCCAGGGACAUGGCUGCAAUCAGUAAAGACCGACAUAAAACUGAAGCAUUAUGCAGAGAAAUUUCAAAUGGUCAGAGUGAAGCUUGUUGUCUAGCCGAGCAGUUAAAUGGUCACAGUACAAGCCCGAGUUCUGGUGGUGAACACUGGAAGAUCGAUAUUUCUGAUGAUAAAGACGAUGAUAGAAAAUUGUCCCCUAACAAGGUCGAGGCAUCAAGUCAGGCAACUGCAUUUUCUGGUAUCAUGAAAACCACCGAAUCUUUCACAAGAGUAAGAUGGUUGAGGAAUAGCUUGUGGAAAGCCAAGAGUGAUGAACAUCUUCCGUUAAGAUAUGAUAUGCCAAAUCACUUAGACUGGAGGGUUAUAACCUUAUUAGCACAGAGGUUUAACGGGCUUACUGAAAGAAGCAGGAGUUGUUUCAGCGGUUGGAAGGAAAACUCUAGAGUAUCUGGAAGGAUGGGUGGACUUCAUAUACAAGGGCCGCAAUACAACACUCAGUUUGGUCGUUCCAUUCGAAUAACCCUUUUACUGGUGUUGAGCAUCUUUCUGAUUGUGCCAUUUCUCGUGUACUCAGCUUGACAAUGCUCAUAUUGGUGGCUGCUGGUGAAGGAAAAAGUAUCCGUUAUUGUACUUGCAAACCGUGGUUGGUGUUAUUCACAUGCUCAGAUGAAACAAACGAGCGGGUAAUUACAGAUGGAGCUGUACAUAGGAGGGGAAAAAGAAACAAAACGGGAACGACUUCAUUUGUGGAGAGGAAAAAGAAACAAAACGGGAACGACUUCAUUUGUGCAAUGCAAAAUUUCCAAGAUCAGAAAACGUGUUGUCACCAGCAGAAAAUCAUCCUGAGAUGGAUCCAUAGUUAAUGGCUAUUUGGAGUCUGUUGUGAUGGAUGAUUCAUUGAUUCCUGCCAAUUUCUCCUUGCUGCUGUACCCUCACCAAGGCAAUUGUAAAAAAAAAAUGUAGAGCUGUUGGGAAAUGGAUUUGAACGACUAUUGUGAAUGAUUUAUACAAUUUGUGGAAGUGAACAGUUUCGGUGAAAUGAACUGUUUGGCUGAUCUGAAGGCAUUUCAUCAGAAAAAAACAUUCAGAAGCAUGCGAGAUUCUUUGUCCACAGGUGAUUCUGUAACACCUUGUUCCCCCCUAAUUCUUAAACCGUACUUGAGGAUUUGUAGAUAGUAUAUCGCCCUUGCUUGUCUUACCAUUAGCAGUAGUAUAAUUAAUCUGGAAACGAAGAGUUCAUCUGUAUAAGAACAUUUCUGUAUA